UCCCCCUCUAGUGGACAUCCAUGACGUUUUUUUAAUUUUACUUUCUAACCUGAAAUAUCAUAUUAUUAAAUGUAAUAUUCCCACCUAAUAUUUCUCACCAAAUAUUCCAGAAUGUUUCUCAAAGAAAUAAUUACUACCUGCAGCACUGAAGCACAAUAGGUAACGGACAGGAAGUAACAUUUUUCCCAAUCCCUGAAGGUCAAGCCGGCUUCUGUUCCGAAAUUAGAUUUAAAAUAAACCAGAGAUUAUGGAAGGUCUGCUCCCUCACGAUGUUGUCUAGAGUGACACCAGAAAGUACAAAACGUCAUGAGGAUGCAAGUCAUAUUGCGCCGUGUGCUCUGUGGCCAUUGGACCUGAAAUUAACUCAUGUGAGCUGCAUCCCUGGGGAUACACUUGUGCAUUUCCAAGGACAAUAUCUCACAAUAUGUGAACUGGACUAUGACAUACUACAAGUAGAAAUUCAAAAUGCGUACAAAACAAAUGAGGCAGUGGAACUGGGGGAGUUCUGUUUGGUAGAAGAUGUUCUAACAAAUCGUUGGUUCAGAGGUAGAGUUCAGAACCAUCAAAAAGAUUUGUUUGAUGUGUUCCUUAUUGACCAUGGGAAUGUUCUCAGUGUUACAGCAAGCCAUUUGGCUAAGGCUUUGGAUGAGCUCUUCAUGCUUCCGCCUAAAAUCAUCUGUGGUUUCUUUGCCAAUGUGUUACCAUUGAGAGAAAAUUGGGAUUCCUCAUCCGAGAAGUAUUUUACUUCUUUAAUUGGAAGUGAGAUGAAAGGAUACGUCCAUGCCCUUCUUCCUCACAAAGUCCUGAUACUAGAAGCCCCUGGUAUCAACAAGGAUCUGUUUAGGCUAAGCUUAGGGAAACAUGUUGACACAGACACAUUCCUUCUUUUGGUUGAAAUCUUGACAGAGUUACCACUCAAGCAGAAUAUUGAACCUGUCCCAGAUCUACUGAUUGAUAAGCAAGAUGGACAAGAAUUGUCAUUCAAACCAUUCCGCUUUAAAGGCUUUGAAGAUAUACUGUUAUCUUCUGGCCCUAAAAUAACCCCUGGACAAAGACUGAAUGUUAGAAUUACUGCUGCUGUGAAUCCAGGUUCAUUCUACUGUCAAAUGGCAAGUAUGGUAAAAGACCUAAAAGAGAUGCUGGACAAACUGGCGUUGUACUGUGAGUCCAAAAGGAAGGUCCCCACUCAAAAAUGUGCAGAUAAUCUGGGCUUACUUUGCUCAGUCAAAGGAAAAGAUGAAAAGUGGCAUAGAGGCUUUGUGCAGUUUCUGCCUGUAAACUCCAAAGUACGAGUAUUAUUUGUUGAUUAUGGAUUCUGUGAGUCGGUGAAAGUGGAUAAUGUCCUACAGCUUCCACCAGAUUUUCUCUCAACACCCAUCAUGGCAUUCCCAUGUGCUCUUUCCUGCCUAGCUGGACAAGACGAGGCAUUGAAGAUCCAGCAGAUGAAUUGCUUCAAGAAAGGAUUGCUUGGGGGAGACUUGAAUGUUGAAAUUAAUGGCUUUGACCAAGAGCAGAAUCUCUAUUCUGUUACAAUAUUCAGUGCUGAAGACCAUGCAGCUGUUGAUGCAUACUCAACUCAAGAUGUCAGUGAACAGAAAAAGUGUUCCCUUGUUUGUGAAACUGAGCAAACUUUCCCUCUAAAUGGCUACAUGUACUAUGAGACUGCAAUAGUCCAAGCAAUGGAUAAUUCAGUCAUUGUUGAGGAAAUUCAACAGCACUCAGUGUUUGAAGGAUAUGUGGAAUAUGUCCUGAAUCCAGGUGCAUUUUGGUUGAGAACAAAUAAACGCAACCAAGACUUUGAAGAGAUGAUGAAAGACAUUUACAAGCACUUCAGCCAAGUAAAAUUGGAUGAAGGAAUUCUUGAGAAUCCAGAACCUGGUGCACUUUGCUGUGCAAUGCAUGAGAUGGACAUGCAGUACUACCGAGCUAUAGUGACAGACACUCUUGACAACGGAGCUGAAGUAUUUUUCAUAGAUUUUGGAAAUACUGAAAAGGUACCUUAUAUGUUCAUCAAGCAGAUCCCAGACAAGUUUGCUAUUGAACCAGCAUUUGCUUUCAGUUGUUCUCUGGUGAAUGUUGUGCCUUUUGAUGAUGUAUGGACAAUCUCUUCAAUCAACUGCUUCCGACAAGCAGUUUCCAACAAGACUCUUCUUGUGCAUAUUGUUAACAUAACAAAAGCUCGAUAUGUAGUGGAUUUGUACGAAAAGGACUUCAAUGCAUCACAGAGUGCAUUAAAGAGCAUCACAGAACUCCUGACCACAACAAAGCAUGCAGAAUAUUGGAAAUACCCUACCUCAACUCCUAAGGGAGAGAUGGAAAAUAUAUUGAUGAAUCAGAAAUCCUGUGAAAAAGGAAAAGUUAAUGAAAAAGGAUCUAACACAAGUGGAGUCCCAAGGAACCUUCACAAAAAGACCUGUGACAUUUCUAAAUCGGAUGGUUUUGAAAAUGCACCAGAAGUCCCUAUAUCAAGAACCCCAAUUAAUCAGGCAGCAGCUAUGAAAUUCAAAGAAGUGAAAUUCAAGCCUGGAAGUGAGAUAGCUGUGCGAUGCUCUCACAUCAACACACCUUCAGAUUUUUGGUGCCAGAUGCAAAACAAGAUCCCCAACUUGGAAGAAAUGAUGGAUGCGAUUCAGCAGUAUUACCAGAAACACUCACUUCCAAUGCAGUCAGGUUCUACAUGUGUUGUCAAGUCUGAAGAAGAUGGCAGAUGGUACAGGGCCUGCAUUAUAGGCGCAGAGAAAGAUGAAGUUGAAGUGAUCUUUGUGGACUAUGGGAAAGUAGCAAAAGUGAAUAUGUACCAUCUUCAAGCAAUAGUGCCAGAAUUCCUUGAACUUGAGGGGCAAGCAUUUAGAUGUAGUCUUUACAACUUAAUUGAACCUGCAAAGGGCAGCUGUAGUGAUUGGGGGUCCGAGGCAAGCAAUCUACUGAAGGAAUUUGCUCAAGGCCAGUCAGUGAAGCUAACAUGCAAUGUACAUGCGCAACUCUACAUGAAACACAAAGGUCUGUGCAAUGUUGUCAACCUCUACAACAGUGACCAAAAUGCAGUAAAGAAGCUUGUGGAACGAGGCCUUGCAAGAGAAGUGAAAACCCCUAUUCAGCUUAUGCCGUCAGUAUGGCCACAUUCGUUUGUCUAUUCCUCCUUCAACUUGAGAUGUGGAAAUGUUGAACAAGUCUAUGUCACUCAUGUGUGUAGUCCGUGGGAGAUUUAUUGCCAGUUAGACAGAAAUAGUGAAAUUAUUCAAGACUUGAUGGAAAAAGUUGCGAUGGAAAGUGAACAAAUACAGCGUGCCAAAUUUGGUCCGAGUAUCGGAAAGCUUUGCCUCGCAAAAUAUGAUGAAGAUGGUCAAUGGUACAGGGGUGUGGCUUACCCUAUCCAGGAAACGUUGCUCGUAAAUGUGUUUUUUGUAGACUAUGGAAACAUGCGUAUUGUGGAAAAACACAAUGUCAUGUCUAUUCCCAGACAUUCAUCAGAUUUACUGUUCACUCCCAUGCAGGCACUGAGAUGCAGCCUCUCACAUAUCAAAAAAGCGGAAAAUGUUGCAGAGGUUAACAAAUGGAUGGAGAAAUCCAUUCUCAACAAGACACUUAAAGCUAUUGUAGUAGGGAAGAAUGACGAUGGGGCAGUUUUUCUGUAUAUGUAUGAUGGAGACCUAAACAUCAACAAAAAAGUCAAGGAGCUUAUUGGAAGCCAAAAGCCAAAAGAGAAAAAAAGCAGCAGUGGACCAGUGAAUGGUCAUAAAGGACAAAUUGAACAAAUGACAAACCAAACCAGAAUAACUAAAGACAGAAAAUCUCUGAAACCCACACGAAAGAAAGUUUCCUUCUGCAACCAGUAUAAACACCAAAAGCAGUCAUCAAAUGCUCAAAAAGCAAACUCACCAAAGUGUCCUAAUUCCCAGAAAGAUUUGGAAGAUCAAAGACAAGGCAAGGAAAGCACUGAAGGAAUAAAAAGGGAUGUCCAAACAGUUUUCCACACCAAAUUGCCCAAUCUUUCACAACUCCCCACGGAUCCCAAAUUAAAAUCUGGAUUCCGAGGUCUGGGGUUUGUUUCCCACAUCAAUAACAUUAACAGCUUUUUUAUACAAAUGCAAGAUGAUGAAGAAAACAUUGUGAAAAUUGCAGAAGACCUCAACUCUGACUUGUUGGGGGAUGUCGUAAGGAACAACACUACAUUGGUGGACUUAAGAAUCUAUGACCUUGUUGCUGCUGAAUUUGAAGAGGAUGGUGCAAUCUACCGGGCAGUUGUUAGAGAUUAUGCAUCUAGUGACCAUUUCAAGGUGGAGUUUAUUGACUAUGGAAAUACAGCCACUGUGACAAAGGACAAAAUAUACACUCUGACAGAUGUUUUUUUGAUGCAAUGUAGACUAAGCAUGCCCUGUACAUUGCUAAAUAGUGACUCAUACAAAAGUGAUGCUGCUUUUGUUGAUGCAGUAAUGGGAAAACCUCUUAUGGUUGAAGUUGUCAGUCGUUUUGGGGCUCAGUGGGAGGUUGAAAUUGAGGUCCAGCAGGACAACCCAGCAUUUAAAGUACAUUAUGACAAAAGCAAAAAAGUGACUGAACAUGAGGUCCAAACUUCGUGUGCAAGUCUAGUUGACACAAAUGAACAGCGACCAAGAGGACCAGGACAAGAGAACAAGAGCCAGUCCCAAAAUCAAAGGGCAAUGUUCACUGCUCAAGAGGAAAAGGUCUUGCUGAACGUGUCCCCAAGCCCGUCCCCACGCCCAUCCCCAACUAAACACAAGCAUGACAUUUGCCUAGACCAGCACAACAGAAAGGCAGAUAGCUCAAUAACAGCUGACUUACCUGUGACCUCAAAUGAACUCAGAUCAACCUCAACUGAAAGGUUUGUGGAGUUAGUGAAGAAAAGGGCCAUUCCAUCCCAGGACAUCAGGGCUGGACGAACAGAGAGCGGGACUGUGUUGUCUGUCUUGGAGAAUGGAGAGAUACAUCUUAAGCUUCACAAGAGCAACGAACAGUUUGCUGAACUUGAUAAUAAGUGCAAAAUCACGCUUGAAGGGAAUGUCAAAGAAGGUGUCCAAAACUUGGUAAAAUCAACCAUGAAGAUAACAGCUUUUGAAUGUGCUGAAGAAAGACCAUGCCCCAAGAACACUACAGAUGUGACCCAGUCAGUGAAAGAACCCGGCUUGAAUAACGGUCCCCAGAGGCUUUUCCUUGCCCCAGUAAACAUGGAUCUGGGAUACUCUGGCUUUGCAGCUGCUGUCACCACACCAGAUGAAUUCUACAUUGCUGUGGAAGAAAUGCUUCUCAUCAUGAACACUGUGUCGACAAUCCUCAAGGAUCUUCCACGGGAGCUGUCCCCAUUGCAUGAAGAACACUUUAUUUCAAUGUCAUGCUGCCUUGUUUGGUCUGACAGUAAGAACAAAUGGUGCAGAGCUGAAAUUGUUCAUUUUGAUAAAACACAGGUUGUGAUCAACUUGGUUGACUAUGGCCAUUGUGUGUGCUUGCACUACAAUGACAGGUUUCAGCUGAGAAGACUUCCUGACUCAUUGGCCAGGUUACCGAAGAUUGCGUAUCCGUGCACAUUGAGAGGAAUAAAACCAGUUAAGGGGCAAUGGACAGAUGAAGCUGUUGUUUUUUUUCAACAGUGCCUCUGUCAGAAAAACCUUAAAAUAUACUUCAGGCAGUACAUUUCCGAAGCACACUUGGAAGCAGAUGUUAUAGCAGAUGGUGUUUAUGUGGCUAAAAACCUGGUUGAUGCUGGUCAUGCAGAAUACACUGACAUCAUGCUUGGGCUGAGAUUUCAAGAACAAACCCCCAUCCAAAUCCCCCAACAGAAACCUUACAACCCAGAACAGGAAUUGACACCCUCAAGAAUGAACACGCACCCAAGAAGACCGACUGAUGACCUAAAAGUUGAUGGAUCGACUGAGGAUGAUGACGCCUCCUUCGGACAGGGAUCAGAAAAAGCAGCGGAAAAUGCAGCUCCUGCUAUUGAAAACUUUGAUAGCCAAGAACUGAAGAAAAUGGACAUCUCUAGUACGAUGACUGGAGAAAGACAUUGUGCCCUGAUGUAACAACUGUCUAUUUGCAACUACCAGCGAGACAUUGAUAAAUGUUUCAGAAAUAACUGAAGUGGAAUGGCCUUCUAUGAAUGAUGUUGUUCUUUGCUUUUUAAAACAGUUAAUAUAGUUCCAUUGUGGUUGACAAGUUGAGUUAUUCAUUAUUCUACAUAAUGAAAUGCAUGCAAGAAACUACUAAAAUGUUAGGGUUAUACUGACAGUCAAAAUGUUUGAUUCGUUAGGACGUUUUAUGUUUUGUUUUGAUGCCACAUCAGGUCUUUCAGUAUGGUUUGUGACAAAUAAUGUAUUUUUUUCUGUGGCAAAUAACAUAAAGGUAGACUCAGCAAAAUGGCAUUGCCAUGAGCUGCACCACAGAUUGGUAUUAGUGAGACACAGAACUUCACUGUCAUAAACACACAGUUUCCGGGAUGCUUCAUGAGGUUAUAGCGAGGCAGCCACAGCACCAAUAUGGAAGAGAAGCAUCACAGUUCUCUCAUUUCUUUCAGAAAUGGACCCACUAUGCAGUUUACUUUCUGCAUUUGUAUGGACCUCAUAUUAUUCUGUAGCUGGGUCUAACUUUAAAUCAUUGUUUGUCUGAUACAUAAUUUUUUUUUACUCAUUUAAGUUAUGU